CUCAAGAUUAGUUCAGCUGUCUGGUCGCUGUCUUUAGAAACUACUGAAUGCAGCUGUUUCCUGAGUGAUUCAUCCGUUUGGUUUCUUCAUCACCUGUUCAAAGAUCUCAUAUAAUCAUGAAAUCUUACUUCUUCUGCAUAAUCUUAUCUUUAAGCGUUUGUUUCAACAGAGCAGUAGAUGUUAGCGUGAAGAAUUCCCUUGUUUGGGGUCCAGGACUUGACAGUAGAGCAACUCUGCCGGCGAGAUAUUUUUUCAUUCAGAGUGUAGACAAAGGAGGCAACAACCUUACAGAUUCUCCAGGCCAAGCUACCUUUGAUGUGAAAAUCACAAGCUCAUCUGGACGAGUAAGGGCUUGGGUUCAAAAGUUGGACAGGAAAGAUGGGUCAUUCAUUGUUCGCUAUAGAAUGUUUGCAUCUUAUCCAGACCUUACUAUUGAAAUAACACACAAGGGCAAGAAUGUUGCUAACUCGCCUUAUAAAUUAGAGGGGGGAGUAUACCAUGAGACUUGUUACUGCCCAGAAUCAAGUGAGGAAGCCUGGUUGGAAGCCAUGAAUUGUUCACAGAUGUACCCACAAAUCCAAAAGGAUCUGAUGCCAUUUGAUAAAGUAGACUUAAAAGAAUUGUCCAAGGAAGCUGUUCAACGGUUUGGAAAACAUCAUUCAUUGUGCCAUUAUUCUGUCAUCAACAAUCAGGUUUAUCGGAAAACUUAUGGACAACAUGUGGGAUUUUCAAUGUUUAUGGAUAACAUACUCUUGUCUCUUGCCAGAAAGGUGCUUCUGCCUGACAUGGAGUUUUUUGUCAAUCUUGGUGACUGGCCCCUUGUGGAGCAUAACACAAAACCUAUCCCUAUACUAUCCUGGUGUGGUUCAGAUGAAACACUGGACAUCAUCAUGCCAACAUAUGAUCUAACAGAGUCCACACUGGAGACUAUGGGAAGAGUUUCCCUGGAUAUGCUGUCUGUGCAGUCCACUGAAAGUCCAAAAUGGCCAGACAAGAUAAACAAAGCACUUUGGCGUGGCCGUGAUAGUAGAGAAGAAAGACUCAACUUGGUUAUCAUGGCAAGGAAGAAGCCUGAGCUAUAUGAUGCUGCACUUACAAACUUCUUUUUCUUUGAAUAUGAUGAGAAAAAAUAUGGUCCUAAAGCAAAACACAUUUCAUUCUUUGAUUUCUUUAAGUGGAAGUACCAAAUUAACAUUGAUGGAACUGUGGCGGCAUAUCGCUUGCCAUACCUGUUAGCUGGAGAUUCUUUGGUAUUAAAACAACAGUCACCGUAUUACGAGCACUUCUAUGGCGAUCUUCGACCUUGGAUACAUUAUGUGCCUUUUAAAAGAGAUCUGAGUGACUUGGAAGAAAAGUUAAAGUGGGCUAUGGACAAUGAUGAAAAGGUCAAGGAGAUAAUAAAGAACGCUCAGUCAUACACGAGAGAUAACCUGCUUGCUGAUCAGAUCUUCUGUUAUCACUAUAUUCUUUUCCAGGAGUAUGCUAAGCGCCAGACAACCAAGCCUACGAAACAUUCAAAUAUGGAACACAUAAAGCAACCAAGUGAUAGAGAUUCGGAAUGUAACUGUAUGAAAAACACGGAGCUCCGUGACGAACUCUAAACCUUGCUCUGCUGUAAAACAAACGCUUUUCAAGUUCCGUUUGACAGCCGGCCGGCACACGCACACGCUGUUUGGUGUAAUGGUUGGGACACGCCCCUUUUGAAAAUAUCUGCUUUCACAGUUUCGCUUCACGAACUUGUUUUACAACGAGUUUUUCAUGGUCUUUGUUAUGAUGAGAGUUUUGUACAAAAGCUGAGUACUAAAGCUGUUUUGUGACGAGCAGAUUUUGAAAAUAAUUAUAUACGGAGGAUUUUAUGAAGAUCAAAAAAGUUAAUAUAAUAUUUGUCAGAAAUGAUCUGGAAAGAAAAAUUUUGAAUUUUACUUUUGAAAAUUUACUUUUGAAAAAAAUAACUUGAAUAUUCAAUUCAGUGAGAGAAAGCUUUACUCAAAGGGGUUUCUUUAUACCGACUUAUAACUUCUAUCUUUUCUCCGGCUCUCUCUUUCCCUUUUUUUUUCUUCUUUUUUCAGGCUUUAUUUUCACUACUGCAUAAGCGUUGUUCAUAACUGCAACGUUCACUCUCAUCUCCAUUUAUUGAUCAGCAAUUUAAAUGUAUGAUAUCAAGGUAUUCAUGUCUUUUAUUCAUCACUCACGGGCUUAUUAUGAACCGACAUAAUGACCAGCUCCCGGUUAGCUUUUUAGCUCAGAUGGUAGAGCACUGCACCGGUAUCACAGAGCUUAUGGAUUCAACUCCCGCACAAGCCCUUAUUUAUUUUCACUACAGUUAGGGUCGGUGCCUACUAUUGCUACUGCACACACCGGCUGCUUGAUUUUGUGCUUAAUUUUGCAAUAUGGUGCGGAAAAACAAUGCGAACAUGUUCUAGAACAGGUUAGAUCUCUCGAGUUUCACAUAUAUUUUACAACGAGAAGAAUUCUAUUCAAUAUGGGUGGAAUACAAAGCGAAGCUGCGCUAAUUGGAGACCUUCCUUUCAGUCAAUUCAACAAUAAUUAUGACAACUUCUCUUACAAAAGGAUCUGUGUUGAAUUUGGAAUUAAUUAUCACAGAUUUCCGUAUCUGGGGCAAAUUACGUCAUAAGAAUGCUUUUUAUUUAUGCUGCUGGCUUAGGACUUAUGUUAACUGAAAUAAAUUACCUUGAUUUUGGUGGGAAGUGAAUCAA